AGAACAGAGGCAGGUGAGAAAGAAGAAUGAUUCGGCGGUUAUGUUGUGUACAGAGUCAGAGUUCCACUUUUACUUUCACCACCACCACCAACAAGAAGAAACCAGUAGUUCUGUUGGGGGCACCUCAAGUGUCUACUAUAGUCCUGGAUGCACUUCUCACCGCUUCUGCUUCUCCACAUUCUUCCUUUGAAGUUGCUGCUAUUGUCACUCAGCCACCCGCUAGAAGAGACCGAGGAAAAAAACUUUCGCUCUCUCCUUUGGCCAACUUUGCUCUUGAAAGAGGCUUCUCUUCUCAUCUUAUUUUCACUCCUCAACGUGCUGGAGACGAUACUUUCUUGUCGGAUUUAAAAGCUUUGCAACCCCAGUUAUGCAUUACGGCUGCUUAUGGCAAUAUAUUACCCACCAAAUUUUUAGAUAUUCCUCCUUCUGGAACAGUCAACAUUCACCCUAGCCUUUUGCCAAUCUAUCGUGGUGCUGCUCCUGUUCAAAGAGCGUUGCAGGAUGGUGUUAAAGAAACUGGAGUAUCGUUAGCAUUCACUGUUCGUGCACUUGAUGCAGGUCCUGUCAUUGCUACUGAAACAAUUCAAGUUGAUGAUCAUAUAAAGGCACCUGAUUUGCUUGAGCUUCUGUUUCAUAAAGGAUCUAAACUUCUGAUUAGGGAACUUCCAUCCAUUUUUGAUGGAUCAGCUAGAGCGAACGCACAACCCCAAGAUGAUUCAAAGGCUACAUUGGCACCAAAGAUAGGUCCAGACGAAUCAUGGCUAUCCUUUGAUCAAGAAGCAUCUGUUCUGCAUAAUAAGGUUCGUGCAUUUUCAGGGUGGCCAGGAUCUAGAGUGAAGAUUCUUGUAGCUGACAAAAAUGGUCAGAAUAAAACUUUGGAGAUUAAAAUCAUAACCACGCGAGUUUGCACUCAUAAAAGUGUGCAGUUCAAUGAAGCAGAUGAUAUUUCAUUUGUCAAUGGUGCAUUGGUGUUUCCAUGUGGAAGGGGAACCACACUCGAGGUAUUGGAACUUCAGCUCCCUGGAAAAAAGGCGGUCAAUGCAGCUGCUUUCUGGAAUGGUCUCCGGGGACAGAAGCUGAAGAAAAUAUGAGCGGCGGUUUAUCAAACACAAACGAUAUUUUAAAUUAUCAUCCGACUGUUUGGGCAAUUGGAUUCUUUAUGUUUUGUUUUAAUUUUAUUCAAGUCUUUCAUUUUUCUUCGGUCAUUUUAAAUGGUUUCCGGAUAAUGAUCAUAUUUUUAUUCUUUUAUUUUAGCACAUAUACUAUUUUAACAUGUAAUCAAACUAGAUAUGUUGGAAGUAAAGUUCUGGAGUUUUUGUGCA